AUGAGGUGCUUGGCGCUCGCGGCUCUGGCGCUCUCAGAUGGAUUUUCCUGCCCGGCGCGGCGCUGGGGCCGCCCGGACAGCGCGGGGUGCCCGGUGCCGGCGUGGGGCGAUGCGUCCCGGAGACCGAGAGCCUCGCCUGCCGUCGGUGCCAGCCGGGAGUCCCCGCCGCUCUGCCCCGCCGGCCCCCGGCUGGGGUCGAGGCUCGGCUGUGCCCCCGCCUGCUGCAACCGCUCGUGGAACUGUGAAGUUCACAAAGCCCACAUAGUAAAUUCCUGCUUUUUCAGGACCCCCUGCAAAAUUGAGCCCAGCAUAAACUGUGUGUUAAGUACUCGCAAACCUGAGGAGCGGGAGGACCCACUGCAGCGAGUGCAGCAUCAGCAGCAGGAUGCUCAGGCAAAGAAAGAGAUGGUGAUGUACUGCAAAGAGAAAGUUUAUGCUGGAGUGGAUGAAUUCUCUUUUGAAGAGAUCCGAGCUGAAAUCUACAGGAAGAAAGCGAGAAAGAAAGACGAGGAUGAAAUACAAGCCAUAGAACGGAAGAAGGAAGAAAUACAAAGGAAAAUUGAGGAGCUGGAACAGAAAUUAAAGAAAAAAGAAGAUAACAAGCAGCAACAACCACAUGAACAGGCAGCAGAGGUAAUGGGAGCUUCCACACCUUUGGGAUUGCAAGGAUUUACUUUUUCCAGCACAAAAGAAUGUGGGGAGAAACAGCCUCAGUCACAAAGUGAAUUCCAGGUCUAUGAAGAUACUCAACUGCAUAAACCAUCUUGUUCUGAGGAUGUAGGUCUGCUUCCCCCACCGGCUGCUGUUCCAUUUUUCUCUAUAUUUGAUGAAUCCACUACUUUGACAAAUCAGAAUAUAAGCCCGAUCAUGGAAACCAGCCUGGAAGAUGCUCACUCAUCAGGUGCUUCUGUCUCAGGAGGUUCUCUGUCCUCUGUUACACAAACAUCUGCUAUGAAAUACCUGCAGAUCAGUGAGAAACUGGAGCUGGCUCAGAGCUUGCCUGCUGAAUUAGUUACUGAUGAUGAUGUGGCUCAGAUCCUGUGGAGCCCUGAAGAGCGUAAAAAGCUUCUGAGUUCUGUGCUGUCAUCAUUGGCUGCUUCUCCAGGUUUUCACUUGGAGGCUGGAGCUCUGCCUCACAUGGAGGUUGAGAAAGACGUUGAGCUGGGAAAUGAGACUUACUGCAUCAAAAUGGAAUAUUGGAACAAUGAAGAAUACAAGAUGUUUUUUGCCAUUCCAACUGGUUGCAUUUUCCAGUGGGAUGCAAAGGGAUUUGCAAUAAAGGUGUAUUCUCAGCCUGUGCCUUGGGAUUUUUAUAUCACCCUUGAGUUACAGAAGCGUUUGAAUUCUGACUUUGACCAGAGCUUCAGUGAGAAUUGCAGCUGUUACCUGUACCAGGAUGGCUGUGCCAUUUUGCACAAGGAUACAAAUUGCUUCACACUCAGGGAUAUUCUCCAUGACCGUAAGUUCAUCACAAAGGAAAUCAUCUUCUUGGUUGUUCAUGAUCUUCUGCAUGUGGUAGAGAAGCUGCACAAAGCUGAGAUUGUCCAUGGAGAUCUGAGGCCAGAGGUGUUGUUUCUGGGAGACAGGAUCUGCGACGCGUUUUCUAAUGAGGAGGUGCCAAAUGCUCUGAAGGUGGUGGAUUUCUCUCACAGUCUGGAUUUGAGGCUACUGCCUCAAGUCAGCUUGCCCUACAACUUUCCCACAGCUCAGACUCCUCAUGGACAACAGCUUCUGGCAGAAAGUUCUCUUCCUUAUCAGGUAGACUUGGUUGGCAUUGCAGAUAUAGUCCAUUUGCUGUUGUUUGGGGAGCAUAUCCAGGUCUAUCAGGAGAAUUCCAUCUGGAAAAUCAGCCAAAACUUUUCAAAGACCCCUGACAGUGAUUUCUGGAGUAAACUUUUUGAGAGAAUUCUGAAUGCAGAUGGUAAGUCCACAGUACCUCUGCUGAGAGAGCUGAGAGAGGAAAUCAGUGAAAUGUUUGACAGCUCUUUCAAAGAACGACUUUUGUUGACCUUAGCUGCUGUGGGAGAAACUUUCCUCCUGGUGAACUUCCAGUGACUUCAUAGGAAACAAACACAUUUUGUAUUCUAGAGAAGAAUUUGUUGUUGCUUUCUUAUGUUUUCAAAUGUAAACAUGAGAGUGAUUGGAGCCAUUUCUGCAAUACUUCACAUGGGACUUGCUCAAGAAUGUUUCUAUUGCAUGAGUGCAUGGAAAACCUCCUGAGCCUCUACAUGAACCUUUCUGUGUCGGAGCAGUUUGUGAGAGAAAAUUGUUUGUCUUAACUGCCACCUCCCCUUCUUGUACAGCUCCUUAAAAAUUUAACACCUAACUUGCACCACACUCUGAAAUGUCUUUGUCCUGCAUUCAGUUGGUCCUUCAAUUGGUGUUUAAUCAAUAAAGUUGUGUUUUGGUAGCGAGUGUCAUAUUUAACAUUGCUAUCA